UGCAAGCAUGCUAUGACACUAAAUAACGUUUAGAAGUAGGAGUAGUGUUUGUGAGGUCAUUUUUAAUACCCAGUGUUUGAAUCCUACACCGUAUGGUUUGAAUGAUUGAACACAGCAGCCGAGUUAUUUCCUGAUUGGAUAACAGAGAGAAACGUCAUCAAUCUGCGACUGCGCGGCAUCUCAUAACUAGCUACAGUGAAUAUAAACAUUUACAGUUUUCUGUCGUAAAAUGGAAAGAGUUCUUUGUGAAAGUCACGGCAACAUCUGCUUUCUGAAGACUGGUGUAAAGCAAGGACCGAAUAAGGGUAAAAGUUUCUAUGUUUGUACCGGACAGGAUGCGACACCGUGUGAUUUCACACAAGCUGCUGAGCUGCCGCCUUCUCACUGUCUCCGCCAUGAAGAUGCAUUGGUUGAACUUCAGACGUUAGUUCACAGCACAACACAAGGCACUUAUAGGCUGCUAUAUCGCUGUGUAGUUGGAAAGCAAGAAGGGCAGAAGUGGUGUGGGAGUGUUCCUUGGACAGAGAAAGCUACAAAGAACAUGCCAGAGAACAAAAAACAGCCUUCCUGUCUCCCUCCUGUUAAAAAUCCUUUCAAAGCUCCCAGCAAAGCAGACAAGAACUCAGAGUGGAAAAAGCUUCAAGAAGGAGAGGUAAAGACAUUGGAAAAGUCUGUCAAAAGUGAGAGCUCUAAGAAAUACAACACUGAUGAAAUUCACAAAAAGAAAUCAGAGAAAGAAUCUGAUGGUCAAAGCAACUCGAAUGCUGCCAAUCCCAGAGAAGGAGAGGCAGCGAGGUGUGCGCAAUCUGAAUCCUGGAGGGACAAAAAACUUCCUCCUGGAAUGAAGAUAAAGAAGCGAUCAUCUGAUGAAGAUAAGAAAUCACGCAGCAGUGGUGAGGUGACUGCAGAAGAAGCAGAAGCUACAGAGGAUUCUAGUAGUAGCAGUAAAUGUGAAAAAGCCAAUGAACCGCAAACUGAGAAAGAGAGCAAAUCACAGAACCCCCAAAGACAUGAAAAAGACGAGAGCUCAGCUCCACAGCAAAACAAACCUAAACAGGAAACUAAUGGACACCGUUGUGAUUUAUCUGCUGUUGUGAAGACAUCUACAUCAAAUACAGACAGUGAGCCAGGUAAUAUUCUUAAACAUGUGCCAAAAAAAGACAGUCAGGCCAGUCCAGGUUCACCAUUAGAAGGUGUUUCAGCUUCACGGCAGUCUAAUACAAAUAGUGCACAGAAGAAAACAGUGAAAUCACCUUUUGGGGACUGGAGUGAUGAUGAUGAUGAUGAUAAUGAUGUUCAGCUGGUUUCAGUUCAGCCAGGCUGUCAGCAGAUUUCUUCAGGUCCUGCUGCACCUUUGCAGAAAUCCCUUACCUCGUACCCAGGCUUCCAGCUUAUGUCAAAGGGGAAAAAUCAAGAGGAUGACCCUACAGCAGUCCACAACCAGCUCACAGCCCAGCUUAAACAAAAGAAGGCCACUCUGUCCUCGGUUAAUGUGUCUGCCUUGCCUGAUAAAGGAGAGAGGCUGAAGAGUCAAGUGAAGCAGUUGGAAGAUGCUCUGGAGGCUUUAAGUCUGACCGGUGUUGCUCUUAAUGGUUCUCAAGAUGUAGCCAGUGAUGCAGAGAAGGAUCUCAAAGCCAGUCAUUCCAAUCCCUUUAACCGUGCAGGGGGCGCUGUUUUCCUUCCAGAAGCUCCAGUCCAAUUUCAGCCAAACUCCUCUACUAGCUCACUGGGCCUGCAGCUCAGUCAGGGCUACACACAAACAUAUGGAGUAAAUCCUCAAAACCAGGCCUUCUAUGGUGGCAGGAUGACGGAAGGCAGACUGCUCGCCGUGCGUAAUGCCACAACAGAAGCCAUUGACCAUCUCCAUCACUCACUGGAGUCUUGUCCUUCUACAGACACAGAGACACAGGAUCCAAAAGGAAUAAAGGUCCAGUUGUUGCCACAUCAGAGAAGAGCCCUGGCCUGGCUGCUAUGGAGAGAAACACAAAAGCCCUGUGGGGGUAUUCUGGCCGAUGACAUGGGUCUGGGGAAGACGCUCACUAUGAUCGCUCUCAUUCUGUCCCAGAAGAAGAAGGAAGAGAAAGACUCUCAGCUUGAGGGAUGGAUCUCCAAAACUGACUCGACUUUGGUGGCAUCUCAGGGAACUCUGAUCAUCUGUCCUGCCUCUCUGGUGCAUCACUGGAAGAAAGAGAUCGAGAGACAUGUGAAGAGCAAUCGCCUGAGUGUGUAUCUCUACCACGGUCCUAACCGACAAAGGAGCGCACGCGUUUUGGCUGAACAUGAUGUGGUGAUCACCACCUACAGCCUGGUUUCUAAAGAGAUCCCAGUUCAGAAAGAGGAUGCUGAACAGCCCAGUCAGGACUCUGAGCCUGUGGGGUCUGAGCUGCCUCCUCUUGUGCGUGUAGCCUGGGCUCGAUUGGUUCUUGAUGAGGCCCACAACAUCAAGAAUCCUAAAGUGCAGACGUCUAUGGCUGUGUGUAAGCUGCGGGCCAAAGCACGCUGGGCCGUCACUGGUACUCCCAUCCAGAACAACCUGCUGGAUAUGUACUCGCUGCUGAAGUUUUUGCGGUGCUCCCCAUUUGACGAAUACAAGCUGUGGAAGGCUCAGGUAGACAACGGCUCUAAGAGAGGAGGAGAGAGGCUUAACCUCCUCACAAGGUCCCUGCUGCUGCGCAGGACCAAAGACCAGCUGGACUCUACAGGCAAACCUCUGGUGUCUCUGCCUGACCGAAGCUGUAAGGUUCACAGGAUAAAACUGUCUGAGGAUGAGCAGUCUGUGUACGAUGUGGUGUUUGCACAGUCCAGGUCCACCCUCCAGUCCUAUCUGAAGAGACACGAGGGAGGAGGAGACACUAAACAAGGAGAUGGCAGCAAUCCCUUUGACAAAGUUGCCCGGGAGUUUGGUAUGUCUCAGCAGGAUUCUGGGUCCUCCUCUCAGCAACCUCAGGUUUCCAGCACCAUCCACAUCCUGUCCCUGCUGCUGCGCCUCAGACAGUGCUGCUGCCACCUGUCCCUGCUGAAGAAGACGCUGGAUCAGUCUGAGCUGCAGGGAGACGGGAUUACUCUGUCUCUGGAGGAGCAGCUGUGUGCUUUGUCUUUGUCCGAAUCCUCUAACUCGGACCACAAAGCCACCGUUUCCCUCAACGGCAGCCGGUUUCGCUCCGAGAUUUUUGAGGAGAGCCGAGAGAGCACCAAGAUUUCAGCCGUCUUCACAGAGUUAAAAGAAAUCCGUAAGAAAAGUCAGAAAAGUGUAAUUGUAUCCCAAUGGACCAGCAUGCUGCGCAUUGUAGCCGUUCACUUGAAGAAGCUGGAUCUGCACUUCAGUGUCAUAGAUGGUACAGUGAACCCUAAACGACGCAUGGACCUGGUGGAUGAAUUUAACACUAAUCCUAAAGGACCUCAGGUAAUGCUCGUGUCCUUAUGUGCUGGAGGAGUGGGUAUUAAUCUGACCGGUGGAAAUCAUCUGUUCCUCAUAGACAUGCACUGGAACCCUGCACUGGAAGACCAGGCCUGUGACAGAAUCUACAGAGUGGGACAACGCAAUGAUGUUACUAUUCACAGGUUUGUGUGUGACGGCACAGUAGAGGACAAGAUCUCGUCUCUGCAAGAGAAGAAGAAGGAGCUUGCCCAGAAAGUCUUGUCUGGAACUGGGUCCUCAUUUACCAAGCUCUCAUUAGCAGAUCUAAGGGUUAUCUUUGGUGUAUGACAUGGUUACAAUCUCCAGGUCAGCCCUGACAGAUUGUUAAAUUAUGUCUUGCAUUUUUAUCAAUGCCUUAUCCAUGUGUAAUUGAAUUAUAGCACUGUUAAACUGUAUCUGUUAUAUUUCUUUUCAAAAAUUAAAUAAAUAAAUCCUGACUUAAAAAAA